AUGAGCGGCGUGAUGUCGGAUCUGGACCGUCAGAUCGAGCAGCUGAGGCGAUGUGAGCCGUUGAAGGAGUCGGAGGUGAAAGCGCUGUGCAUGAAAGCCAUGGAGGUGCUGGUGGAGGAGAGCAACGUGCAACGAGUCGACUCCCCUGUAACAGUAAGAGCUCGUUUUCGCAGAGCUUCGCAAAUAACAGUAGCCAGGUGCAUGAAAGCCAUGGAGGUGCUGGUGGAGGAGGGCAACAUGCAACAAGUCGACUCGCCUGUAACGGUACUAUAUUCCCUUCGCAUGCUUUCGCGAGUGACUGUAACCAGGUGCAUGAAAGCCAUGGAGGUGCUGGUGGAGGAGAGCAACGAGGAACAAGUCGAUUCACCUGUAACAGUAGCCCCCCUCCCCUCUUUUGCCUCCCUCCCCUCGCAGCUCUUUAUACGACAUGAUGAGGCUCUUAUGAAGUGCGUGCGGUCCUGUGGCAUCUCACUCAUCUUUUACCCUUUCGCCAACCUCCCAAACUCUACCUCCCGGCAUCAACCACAAACCCCAUCACAGCUCUGUGGCGACAUUCACGGGCAGUUUUACGACAUGAUGGAGCUCUUCAAAGUGGGCGGCGACUGUCCACAAACGAAUUACCUCUUUAUGGGGGAUUUUGUGGACCGGGGAUUCUACUCCGUCGAGACCUUCCUUCUCCUUCUAGCGCUCAAGGUGCGAUAUCCUGAUAGAAUCACACUCAUUAGAGGGAACCACGAGAGUCGACAAAUAACACAGGUGUAUGGCUUCUACGAUGAGUGUUUGCGCAAGUAUGGAUCAGUGAACGUGUGGCGGUACUGCACCGACAUCUUUGACUACCUCAGCCUGUCAGCGCUGGUGGACAAUCAAAUCUUCUGUGUGCAUGGGGGUCUCUCGCCCUCCAUCACCUCUCUAGACCAGAUCCGAGUGAUCGACAGAAAGCAAGAGGUGCCUCACGACGGGGCCAUGUGCGAUCUGCUCUGGUCCGAUCCAGAGGAGAUCGACGGCUGGGGUUUGAGCCCGCGCGGUGCGGGUUACCUGUUCGGUGGUGACGUGGUAACCAGCUUCAACCACAACAACAGCGUGGAUGUGAUAGCGAGGGCGCACCAGCUGGUGAUGGAGGGGUACAAGUGGAUGUUCAACCAGCAGCUCGUUACUGUGUGGUCCGCCCCCAACUACUGCUACCGGUGUGGCAACGUGGCAGCUAUUCUGGAGCUGAAUGAGAAUCUGGAGAAGAAAUUCCGUGUUUUUGAGGCAGCACCGCAGGAUGCUAGAGGAGCUCCUUCCAGACGGCCUGCUCCUGAUUACUUCCUCUGA